AGGUUGUAUGCUCCGUGUUGCCGCUGACCCGUCAGGUUGGCACUGCGACCCCCACCAUGAGAGCUCUGGCUCUGGGUGUUUGCUGGCCAGCGUAGACGCCGACAUGUCCCGGUGGUCCUCCUCAUCCUGAUGGACCGAGACACCUUCUCCCACAUCCGCCUGUGGUGCCCCCGCCCCUUCGGCACCUACUCCCAGAACAAAGCUAGGAGCCCAGGCUCAGGGGGCAGCGGGGGAGGAGGAGGAGGCGGAGGAGGAGGAAGUGGGGGAGUAGGAAGUGGAGGAGGGACGGGGACCCCCAACCUCUGCAAAGCUGAGCCCUCCUCGAGGAGCGAAGAUGGAGGCAUCGUAGUGGGUGUGGAGGAUGGAGAAGCGGAGGAUGCAGGGGAGGAGAACACUCCCCCCGAACCCGAGGGCUCCAUGUCGCAGAGCCAGGACCCUCUGCCCUCCUCGGACCCUCCGUCGCCGCCCUCCUCGGGGUCCCAGAUGGAAGAUGGCCGCGUGCUGUUAGACACCUGGUACGUCAUCAAGCCGGGGAACACCAAGGAGAAGAUCGCCUUCUUCGUGGCUCAUCAGUUCAGCGGGGCAGGGCAGCCACGACCCAGCACCAUGAAGGUGAAAGGUAACUGGGCGACGGACUGCAGUAAAGCCAAGAGAAGAAGACGGUGUUCCUCCUACGACCCUCCGACUCGCUCCCAGGCCUCGGAGCUGAACCUCAGCCACGAAUGCCCUCUCUCCUCCCCGAGCCCCGACGAGCCUCCUCUGGGGGGGGUGAGCGAGACGGACCUGCUGUCGGUGGCAGAGAUGGUGGCCCUCGUGGAGCAGAGGACAGCGAUGGCCCUCCAGGGGAUCGUGGCCGUUCAGAGUCAGUGUCCUAACGUUCAGGGUCUCACCCCUCACACUCUGCUGCGGGGCACCGUGUCCGACCCCAGCCCCAUCGUGUUCGUGUCGGACAGUUCGACUGACCAUCCCUCCAAAGAGUCAUCGUCCCCCAUCCAGACGGACCAGGAGCUGGAGGAGCAGCAGCAGCAGGAGUCCCUCAGGGUGGCCCAGGCCAUCGCGCACUUUGAGUCCCAGAACCAGGAGAACCGGCUCCAUCUGGGACCCGAAACAGACUCUUCUGUCCAUCCAGAGAGCGAGCGUCGGAGAGGAGGGGAGUCCGGCGUCGCUUCCCCUCCUCCGCCCCCCAGUCACAGUCACGGCGAGGUCAGAAUAGCUUUCCGAGUGUCGAACAUGGACCCCCGGUCUCAGUUAGAGCCGGCUGGAAGGUCCCGAUGUAUGUUCAUGAGCUGUGGGGGAGGGGGGGGGAGCCAGGCGGCAGCCAGGGCCAAAGAGAAAAUCACCUGCGACCUCUACCAGCUGGUCAGCCCCUCCUCCAGAGACCCCGGGAGUCUGCUGCUGGCCGCCACCUCCGCCGCCCCCAAACCAGACGGAGACCUCCAUCACCCGGACAGGCCGAGCUGCGGCAGUCCGGACCCCACCCAGGAGGAGAAGAAGUCCUCGGGGAUGGGGAGGGAGCGAGUGACCGGCUUCCACGUGGAGGUGGUGGUGACGGGCGCUGUGGACCAAUGUGUGUUUUACGGUAAAGACAGUACGGAGAAUGUGCAGGAGGAGACGGUGUGUUUCGCUCUGCCCAGUGGAGGGGGCGGCUCCUCAGACCCUUCAUCAGACGACCCCCCUCCCGGACAGCUGUUCUUCCUGCAGCCUCCACGGGGUCCAGAGGAGGAUUCAAAAGGAACGAGUGGUGGCGGUGGGUCGGGGAUUUGCUCUUUGGACUGUGCGAACAACAACAACAACGGCGGCGGCCCCGGGGUGUCCGUCGGCUCGGGGGAGCGACCGGAUUCUCCCGUGGACGACUGCUCGGACCCCUCGCUGUGUCGCCUCUACCGCCACGUGUCACAUGACUUCCUGGAGAUCCGCUUCCAGAUCCAGCGCCUCCUGGAGCCGCGGCAGUACAUGCUGCUGCUGCCCGACCACAUCAUGGUGAACAUCUUCGGAUACCUGCCCACGCGCUCGCUGGCCGCCCUCAAGUGCACCUGCCACUACUUCAAGGUGCUCAUCGAGAGCUACGGGGUUCGAGCGGUGGACUCGCGCUGGAACCAAGACCCUCUGUACCGCGAGGACCCCUGCAAGCAGUGCAAGCGGCAGUACGAGCGCGGGGACGUUUCUUUAUGUCGUUGGCACCCCAAACCUUACCACCACGACCUGCCUUACGGACGCUCCUACUGGAUGUGCUGCCGGCGGACGGACAAAGACACGCCGGGCUGUCGGGUCGGGCUCCACGACAACAACUGGGUCCAGCAGCCGGCCGACGGCUCGCAGCCCAUUCGCACCAAGAGGGAGGACAGGAGGGAGGAGGCCAGGUAGAGAAAGGGGGGAGUACUCUUAGGAUUACGGAGAGGAAUCAGCACUCCAGGACUAUUUUCUUUGCUCCAGCGCUCCUGGCCUGUAAGUGAAGUGGUAAAGAAGGAAGAGAGGUGUAUCACUCUCCUUGCCUUUUAGUUUGUUCAAGCCCUCCAGAAUCCCUCUCCUCAAGAGUGGCACUUUCUUUAAAAACCAGGGUUGGGGUCCCCUCCGUCAGCCCUCUCUUUCUGCCUCUUACUCAUCCGGGUUUUUCCUGUCUAACUCCACACACGGCCGUUGAAGGUCAUUCACGUGAAAAAAAUGUUUGCAGUGUAUUUGAUUGAGAUUAGCAUCCAUACAGUGACGCAUAGAAAUGUAUCGCCCUAGAGCCUGCUUACUGUUCCCAAAUACUCGUUCUGUGUUCUGUGUAGUACCACAUGUGAGCUGUACAACGGUGCUUCAAUGAAAUGAGCUGUGCCCAAGUCUCAGCAGAUGUAAAAAGUGGAUGUGGAAUGUGCAGCGCCGCUCUAGAAAUGUGAUUGUAUAAAGCAAACUUGAGUUCUCCGUUGUACAAGACGCCAUUUUGUACCUGUCCUGCGCCAUGCGUUUCUACUUCUCUGAAUGUGCUGUAACAGUGUACUAUGUUUGAUUAGUCCCCUGAUAAUGCUGCUGAAAUCAUUGCCUGUGUCACUGACGUUAUUAUUAUUACUGAAAUAGCCAUACCAUUUGGUUUAAUGGCGGGCACAGUUCUCGUCGUUGUUUCAGAGCGGACCCUAACCUUGAGACCAGUGGGAUUGAAUGGGAUUUAAAAAA